GUUUUCUUUUCGUUAUUUUUUUAGAUAAUCAUUAUUUAGAUUUGUAAUACUACCAUAACACGUACAUCCAUUUUAUUUUAAAAGUGACAAUUUCUCUUAUUUUCCAUAUUGCUUUCGGUACAAUAUUUCCCUUUCAUAAUUUAAUAGGUCCCCAAGAGCUCCUUCACAAAAAUUCUCUCUCUAGGUCACAAACUUUAAUUCCUUGCCCCAAAUCAAUCGGAACAAACAACAAUGGCGUCGCAUCCCAAAGUUUUCUUCGACAUGACCAUCGGCGGUGCACCGGCGGGAAAGAUCGUGAUGGAGCUUUACACCGACAAGACCCCGAAGACGGCUGAGAAUUUCAGAGCACUCUGCACCGGAGAGAAAGGCGUCGGACGUAGCGGAAAGCCACUGCACUUCAAAGCCUCUGCGUUCCACCGCGUGAUCCCUGAUUUCAUGUGCCAAGGAGGGGAUUUCACCGUCGGGAACGGUACGGGCGGCGAAUCGAUCUACGGAAACAAGUUUGAGGAUGAGAACUUCGAGAGGAAGCACACGGGACCUGGGAUUCUGUCGAUGGCGAACGCUGGAGCCAACACCAACGGAUCUCAGUUCUUUAUCUGUACGGUGAAGACUGAUUGGCUCGAUGGGAAGCAUGUGGUGUUUGGUCAGGUGAUUGAAGGCUUGGACGUUGUUAAGGCUAUUGAGAAGGUCGGAUCUUCUUCUGGAAAGCCGACGAAGGCGGUUGUGAUCGCCGAUUGUGGUGAGAUCUCUUCUUAGAUAUGGAUCUAGGGUUUUCUUAGCGGCGGUGGUUUCCAGUGUUUCUAGAAGUUUCUUCUUAGCUUAAUGGGAUUGUGAUUUCUCUGCUUUGAUAUUUUCCUAUUAUUAAUAAAGUUUUUUUUUUUUUUU